AAAUUUCAAACCUAGAUGCAUAUUCUAGUUUUAGAUGUCCACGUAUUCAAUUGGAUUCGUUCGAGUCAAUUCAAAUGGGAGAGACGCCUGGUACCGUCGUCGGAAUCAAUCGUCGGGCUGCCACAGCACCAUCGCCACCGCUGUCCGAACCUAUUCACUGUCCGAACCCAGCCCUCUGCCCCGAUUUAUUACUGCCCGGACGCCACUGCCAUAGGACCCCUCGCGGGACUACCGCCGUUAACAGAGGUCGCUGGAAAACAUCGGGGUCAACCCCAUCGCCCGUUCAAUUGCUGCUGAUCGGAACUACCCGCUGCCCGGACUCCGUCGCCGGAGCACGGAGGUUACUGAUUCACCAACCCGGUCACCACCAUCGCAGAGAUCGCUGGAGCAGGGAGAGAGAUCUCAGGAAUUUGCCGAUGCUCCCAAACGCCAUUGGAGGUCGUCGGGAUUGCUGUUCCGGUCUCAUCAGGCGUCGUCAGCCAUAGUUGCCGAGGGAGGCCAUUCGAUGGAUUAGAGGCAGUCCGGCUGGAUCUGCCCGUCUGUCGUCGCUGCUACCCGCUUGAGAAGGAGGACGAGUCGCCACCGCCAGUCCUAACGUUGAUUGCCUGAGAAGCCCGACUCGUGCAUUGCUCGUGGAUUGGAGAUGAACGGGGAAGGAAGUCGCGACCUUGCCGCUGCGUGCUGCUGUUGUCGUGAAAGAAAGCCGGAACAAGGCUAACAUGUAGAACAAGAAAAAGGGGUAUCAUAU